GUUAAAGUGAGCGAUGACCGCUAGGAUACAGAAGGGACAACGCAGGGAUACAAACCUGAUCACAGAUGGGAUACAUACUGCAUAUGCAACCCUACGCACCACGAGGAAUAUGUCAGAAACAAAAGUACUGACGUUGAAUUGUCAUGUAAUCAUGUUAGAUUUUGGGGAGGAACAGUCGCCCCGUUGUGAAAACUGAAAGGUUAUCCGUGUGGUGAAUGGUUAAUCAGAACAUAACCCACAAAACGGACACUAACACCACAACUGCCCCAUAAAGUUGUAUAUAUUCUCUCAACCUGUAUGAUGGUAUACCUUUGGUAUAAUCACAGUUUGUCGUUGUUAUGAUUAAAAAAAAUCAGAUACACUAGAAGGCUAGUGUGUCUUUGACAUUUGAUUUUAUUUUUUUUAUUGUGUGUAUUUUUUAUUUUGUUUGCAUGUGUGUACGUGCUGUUUGAGGGACGAGUGUGUGAGUCUACACAAAACGAAGGGCGCUGAAAUGAAAAACUGCCAAUACGAUAUUCAGAAAGACAUGCCUGUGCCCAGAGAUCGAAAUGAGAUCUGACCUUUGACCUUAUAAUCCACACUGUAGUUUAAACAAUGAUCGCGCUUUACCGUUGUCCUGUAAAGAAAGCCGCUCCACGACAGAUAUGCCUGCAGGAUCGCAGGAACGCCAAGAUGGGCAGAAGUUGCAAAUACACGAUCGAAGGUGCGGACUGAUCGCUUCUUGCCAGUCUUGUUCACCACCAUUAAAUACAAGAAUAAGCGGCGAUAUGUUUCUCAGCUGCUGUAUGUGGAUCGGUUGUAUCCCCCGAUAAUCCACGGGGCGGUCCGAUGGCUCAACGGUUAGCGCCUGUCACCAAUACACUGAGGAUUUGUUGUAUUGAGUUCAGAUCUCGUCUCCGGCACGCUGUUCUUUUUCUUCAUGUGGCAUAUCUGUUUACAGCACUGGCUGCUUUGCCUUAGCUGCUGGCUCGGCGUAAAACAAUAUAUUAUUCCUCCUUGUCGGCUUCACCGACAACCAAGUCAAGAAAUGAAUGAAUGAGUGCUGUCCCUCCAUACCAAGAAGAAAAAGAGAAGGGAGCAAAGUCUGAGGUCUCCAAAGCAGUAACUUUUUAUGGAAAUUCUUGAAGUUAUUUUUCCCUAUUUUUUGUUAUUAUUUUGUUGUUGUUGCUGUUGUUGUUACUGCUUUAACGGUUGAUGAUCCCACUGGCUCGCGCUGCUGUGCUUGGUCACACUGGAGUUCUCUCCCAUGCAGAAUGGCGCUGCAGGUCGCAAUGGUUCUCAUAACGCUGCUGUGAAGACGUGCCAAUCGCUUUUGCCCUUCAAAAGAGAGGAGAACAAAACACCCAGAGCAACAUUAAAGUUCACAUGUCAUACCACAGUCUGUACAGCAAGCUGCCAACAAACAUCAAAAACUUUAUUGCAAUUAGGCUCUCCAAUGGGCAGGCAGCUCAUUGAGGGACACCAGAGAUACUAAAUGCAGGCAGUGCACAUUCCACUAUGCAGUCUUGUGGAGAACUCACCAGUGGAACAGGCAGUACCGUAGAGUCUUCUGCUGAUGUAUAUGCAAAUGCUGCACAUGCCGUAAUGCUAGAUGUCGCACAUGACCGGUCUCCUGGCAGGUCAGUGGAGCACCACGCUGACAGUGAUGUAAAGACUUUAUCAAACCACUUCUCCAUCUUAGAUAGUUCAUCAGCAUCAGGUCCAGUGCUGUCCCUUGGGCGGUGCUUGGUACAGGGUUGCUGUAGUAACAUGGUGCACUGUCCAUUUUGUGAUCGGCAGCAGUACAAGCCAACACAGCCAGCCCGUGUCAGAGAUCACCUCUACCUUUCACAUUUUCAGCAUGCUGUGUACUUUGAAGGGUGGAUGAUGGUUAAGUGCUUCCACAAAUGUCGAGACCCUGACCCUAGAGGAGGUCACUAUCAUUGUCCUUCCUGUAGCACAACACUGUUGAAACGCAAUGCUUUUACUCAGCAUCUUAUUUCACAUGCCAGAAAACAGGGACUGGAUCCCAAAACAGUUCAUGCCCCUGAUGCCAAGCAGCCAGCUGUAAUUCAUUUUGAAGGUCACAAAAUUCUGCUAUGCCGAGAGAAGUGUUCUGAAACUCUUUCAGCACAUUACCACUGUCCACUUUGUCGACAAACGAGCAUGCGUUUAGCAAGUUUAACCUCCCACUUAUGGCGCUGCAAGAAACGAGCCAUUGCAGUGAAGAAAGGGGAUGAGUCUGAGGAGACAACUAGCAUGGCAGAAUUGUUUUCCUCAGAAAUGGUGGCAUCUGUGACACACCCUAGAGAUCUUCCACAAUUAAAGUGGCACCUGUCUAUUGUCCGCAAUCUCUCUGAUUUGCCUCUAACCCGAUGCUUGAAACCCGCCUGUUGCAAGGGCAGAUACCACUGUCCUUUGUGCACGACUUCCAAGCUGAAACCGAACUACUUGUGUCACAUGCGGCAACACUUUGUCUCCCAUUGGCGCACAGGUGUCCCGUAUGAAGACUACACAGUCUUGGUAUGUUACCUGUCCUGUGAAGUACCUCACAGAGCACCAAGACCUCGAUUUCACUACCAUUGUCCUCUCUGUGGCGACACGAGGCGAAGGAAAGAAGCAUUUGCUCGACAUUUGGUCAACUGUGACCCCUCUCAGCCUCAGCCAAUGGAUGCACAAGUCUUAGGAAGCAGGAGUGAAGAUGAAGAUGAUGAUGAUGAGGAGGAAGAGCUGCCUAACCAUGCUGGCACAGCUGGGACUUUAAUCCAACUUGCAAGCAUGCAGCAUGUUGAUCAGGUGAAAGUCCAAGGUGCAGGUGCACAAGGUGUUGGUGCUGAUCAGGCUAAAUUGCAGGCAGCAGAAUCGCUAGCAGAUAUGAACCGCAUUUCUGUUCAGUCCAUGGGACACAGUUGCAUUUCACGUCCACUAAAACAGCUAAAUGAACAUGGAAACAGUAGUUGUGAGUCUGCGCGAACAGAUGGACCUUCAGAGCUACAUCAGUGUUCUGAUCUCAUGAUACCCUCUGAGCAGAAAGGCUGCUGUGUGUUGUCAGAGGAUGGAUCAGGUGGUGCUCUUAAAGCAGCAUCUCAGAACAUUGCAAAGGAAAUGCAGUCUGAACAAACACCAUUUGGAGAAAGAUUGGUUUCACUGCAGAACAGUACAAUACAAUUGUUCCUGGAGAAAAUGAUUCAUCGGUCAUGUCAGAAUGUGAGCAGAGAGAGAGAGUCACCCUUUUUGCACACCACAAAAAAGCAGGUAGACUCCCACAUUGAAACUAACAUUAUAAACCACGAAGAACAGAAAGACUUGCACCACUCGCCUGAAAUUGAUGCUGAUGUUUCUCAUGAAGCCAGUGGCAAUGCCCAGUGUCUCAGGGAGGGACACACACCUGAGGUCAUCAUCCCUCUCUCACCUUGCAUUGCUAGCAACAAUGGUGAGCACAGAGCACAGGAAAUGCUAACAGCAGAGCCAAUGGAAUCAUCUAGUCAGAAACCUGGCACUGCUCUAAAUCUACCCUCUGGUGAUCAAAAGGAAGCUGAAAGCGAAAAGGAAGCAUUGACAAACAUGCAAGUGGAUGAUGAUGAUGACAUACAGGUGUUCAAGCAGGUAACUACACAGGUGGCUCAAAGCACCGUGUCCCGGCUAGAGUGUCUUGGGGAAUUGGAGGCUAGUUUGCAGGUUAUCAAAAAACUCUGUGGAGUCACUUGGCAGCAAAGUGGCUGUACCAUUACUAUGAGCAGUUGCCUUGACAGUCUGUGUCAUGCUGAGGAAUACCUCAAGCAGAUAGUAAAAGGAGGCCUUCAGGCAUUUCUUCAAACCAACUCGAUGUCACAGACUUCUACCAACAUCCACCCCUUGCCUUUAGGUGGAAAGACAUCUCCUCGAAAGCGUGGCAGACCUCGUGGGAGUAAAAACAAACAUACAUUGAUGAGAACAGAUGAGUACACUCCCUUCUACAAACAGCCUAAGAUUCUUACAAUCUCCUCUGAAAAACUGGAGAGUUCUUUAAGUAGAGAUACCACAGCAACACUUAGUGGUAUGUAUGCUUCACGCACUCGUGGAAAACGCAUCAAUUUUGCUCAGCUGCAUGCAGGAAGUCUUAGUCCUCCACCCUCUCCCUCACAAGAUGAACAGUUUGCAGCUACACAAAGACAAGAGCAGGAAGGCAAGAAACGAAGAGGACGACCUCGCAAAAUUUUGAUACAAGCUGAGGGUAGCAAUGAGAUGUUACCUUCUGAAGGGAAGGGUGCAGAUAUUGAUAACAUGAAGCAGAGAAGAAUAGUGUGUGGAGAUCAGGGGCUGCAACUGUGUAGCUCAGAAGAGAAUGCAAAAUUUUCCAGUUCAUGCAUCCCAAGUGGUCACCUGAAGGGUGUUCAAAGUAAUGGGUCAGAUAACCAUCAGCAAGAGACUAUGAGUAAAUUUGAUGCAGAGACUACACUUUUUUGCACACCAAGCACAGCAUCAGCAGAGGGAUGUGCUUUGGAGGGUGGUAAAUUUGCAAAUGCAUUAACAUCACUGUUGGAAGUUGUUAAAGACAAUAAGGCAGAUGGCUGUGACUCGACUGAGCAGACCACGACAGAAAAUGAACAAGAAACAAACCAGACUGAAAACCAAAUAGAUCAUAAUGGCUUGAGCAUACAGACCCUGACAGAAGUUGAAAAUGGAGGAAGAUCAAACAGUCCCUGCUUUCAACUGCUCUCGGCCACACCGAACAUCAAAAGAGAACAGUACAAAACACGAACAAAGGGCAAUGACUUUGUCUUUAUUCCAUCCAUCAUUUUCACAUAUUCAAAAGAUGAUACCAUCCAUGAUUCCUUGGGAGGACAAAAUGAAAUGGGAGACAAUAUUGUAUCAGAGACUGAAGAUAUCACAUUGGAGGGCAGUUUCCCAGCUGAGAAGACUCAAGGAAAUAAAAUUAGUGCAGGCUGUAACAACACUUUGAAAAAGAUAGCUAGUAGUGAGAUGUGCAAUGCAGUAAAUAAGGAUAAUUUAAGCUCAGAGCUAAAGGAUAUUGCCAGAAAUCAGAAUGCAAGUUGUCCGCGUUUAACAGAAUCUUCAGAAAAGCCACAAAAAAGAGAUGCAAUGGAAACCUCUGGUAAAGUCAGUCCCCAUCACUUGCCUUGCCCACUUUGCAUCAUCAUUACUUCCACGUAUUCCCAGAUGUGUGAUCAUCUGGCCAAGCAGCACCCCACCUCUCCACCUCUCACCUGUGAAGUGUGCGAGUUGGUUUGCGUCACACCUUUUGCACUAGCUUUUCAUGUUGAGCGUAAACAUGGGCCACAACUGUGCCCUGUGUCUUCUUCAUCUGCUCACACUUGUUUUUGUGGCAAAGUAUGUGGUAGCAUCACCUCUCUCAAGUGGCACCAGAGUUUUGUGCAUAAGGUGGAUAGUCAUCGCCGUGGACCCAUGAGACUGACUUGUGGGCUGUGCAGUUACAAAGCUUCCGAUUCAUGGGACAUGCGACAUCAUCGUGAGCUGCAUCGUGGGCGUCCUAACACCUGCCCUGUGUGCCAUAAAAAACUCAGCAGUGAAGCUGCUAUUAAGGUGCAUAUGGCUGCAAUCCACUCUAACAGCAAAUUUUCCUGCCACAUCUGCUCCAAGAGUUUUGCUCACAUCCGCUAUCUGAAGUCUCAUGUGCGUCGGCAUGGUGGCGAAAAGAGACACGAGUGUGGGAUAUGUGGUUGGCGUUUUCAUGAGACAAAUACCCUUCGUGCUCACCUAGACACACACAAACCUCGUGAGCAGCGAACAUAUUCCUUUACCUGCCCCUACUGUCCUGCUGCUUACAACAAUCGUGCUAAUCUUCGUGAUCACCUAAACAAGCAUACUGGUGAUAAGCCUCACAUCUGCCGCCUUUGCAACAAAGGAUUUGCUUUUCGUUCUAUGCUAACUACUCAUCAUGCUUUUGUCCACAGCUCAGAACGUCCACACAGCUGCCAGCUUUGUCCCAAAAAGUUCAAGACUAAGAUGCAGCUGCAACAACACAUGGUGAUCCACACAGGUACCAGUAACCACACCUGUCAGAAAUGUGGCCGCGCAAUGCCAACGGCAUCUCGACUUCGUGUCCAUGCUCGUAGAUGCAAAGGCAAUAGUGUGUCCAAACAGAUAGUUUUCCAGGCACAGUCCACAGCGGUUAACAUUGUCACACCAAGUCAAACGGUCAACAUCUUUCAGAAAGCAACUUUGGGACAAGGGUCAAGGUUGAGUGUGAUACCAGGACACGAUGUACAUCUAGUGCAAGCUGGUAUUGGACAAGCCCAGACCUUAACUUUGGUCCCCAUUCAUCAGUUAUUGCCAGGUACAGCAGGUGCUGGUCAGAAGAGGGUGGUGCUGGUGUCAAGCAAGGGCCAAGCAGCAGGACCUGUUGUACAGACAGAUGGCAGAGAGACUAUGUCUAAAAGUGAUCAUAUAAACAACACAUACAUAAGUGUGAGUGAUCCCACAGUGCAGACGAUGGGAUCUAAACUUGUAGAUUCUGUCAACAGCACAGAGAACAGCAUUAAUUCUUUACAGCAGCUGCCAGGUCCUGGGCAGAGUCAUCAAGGAUCUAGCUUUGUCACAAUCAACAGAGCAGGACUGCAGUCACACCAGGCCAUCAGCAGUAGGUGUGAUUCAAGUUUAAAUGAAGGAUCUGCUCAAGAAGACUUUAACGCACAAGUUAGUGGCACCUCAGUGCUGACUAGGCUGCAGGCAAGUGCCAAAGGUGAUGAUACUGUGAUGCCACUGGUCUUGUCAGAAUCUCCACACGUUAUCAGUGCCAACCACACAGACGUGGUAGGGGUACCUACAGAAGCUCAAAGUAAUAUUGCAGCAGAAGACAGAAGAGCAUCUCAUCUCACGUUAAGUAACUCGGAGACCAUCAGUGUUGAUAACUCUGUGAGCAGCGCAGCUGAUGUGCAUCAGGUAGAAAUGCAAGCCCUAGUGCUUCCCUCAGAUUUGCUCAAUCAAGAAGUCUUCAUCAUUGAGGGUGAUGGUAGCCAGCACCUUAUUAGCUUGGCCAACAUUCAGUUUGUCAGUGCAGAGGAGGGUGAGCAUCAACAGAGAACUGGGUUCAUUAGCCACUUGGACCACACAGUUAGCAUUGCAGACAACAGCAUGCCUGGUGUGCUUCCCACCCCAUGUGCGGCUAGCUCCCUCAGCAGUCUACAAGAUGACAGUGGCCACAAUACCCUCACUGCAGAACAGCUGUUGACAGAAGAUGAAAAUGAAGCAGGCAAAAUGACCCUCUUCAUGUGCAGCAUGUGUGAUCAGACAUUUGCAGACCAGGCAUCUGCAGAGCAGCACGUCAUGGUCCAACAUGAAGUGGAAGUGGACAAUACAUGACAAGUAGGGGUUCAAUUACCCUCACUCAACUUAACCUUUCAAAUAACACUAACUCCACCGUGUGUAUAGGUGGAUUGCUGUCUGCCAAGACCAACGCUUAGCCUUUUGUGAAGUUCUCUGCUGUUAGUCUCGGCGAGCCUAAGCAAAAAAUGUGACUAAACUGGAAGCUUUGUUGUCUCAUGCCUCGUUCUAGUG